CAACUCGGUACAAGAGGAGGACUAAGCAGAAGGGAUUCGGUCAGCAGUGCUUGCGGUGCCCUACUGAUCUGCUUUAAGGAUUUUUUUUUUUCUUUUCCUGGUGGAUGUUUUCUUGACCUUGAUUUUGAGACCUCUUACUUGCAUCGCAGUUUCUGUGGCUUUAUGUCUUUUGGCGAGAAGUGGAGAGGGGGAGGCUGGCUUCAGUGCUGAAAGUUGCAAUCGUUAUUAUUUUGGAGCCAGCAUGUGCACCAACAUAGUCUACGAGUGGCUGAAGACCCUGCAGCUCCCCCAGUACGCGGAGUCCUUCGUCGAUAAUGGCUACGACGACCUGGAGGUCUGCAAGCAGAUCGGCGACCCGGACCUGGAUGCCAUCGGCGUGGCCGUGCCCCACCACCGGCGCCGAAUCCACGAAGCCGUGCGGCGGCUGAAGGAGGCGGACGAGAGGGCGGCGGGGCUCUACUUCACCCUGGAGCCGCCGCCGCCGCCGCCCGCCCCCGCCGGGCGCUGUCCCCGCCGGGCGGGGGGGCCGCAGGAGCCGCGGCGGGGGGCGGCCCCCAGGGCCCGGCCCGGCGGGCGGCGGGGGGCGGCCGGCGGCGGGGGGCUGGUCGCCUACCCCCGGCUGAAGCUGAAGAUCAUGAUCCGGGACAAGCUCAUCCGCGACGGCAUCAACCUGAGUAAACCGCCCUACUCCAACAAGGGAUGAAGCAGAGCACAGAAAGCUGAAGACCUUGGCUGAAAAAGCUUUGGAUUCUUAUCCUUGUAUGCUAAAGAAAUAAGGACACAUGAGGGAAGAAAGCUGGGUUAUGAUGAAAGAAGGAGUGUUAGGUUACCUUUGAUUAUGUUUAUUUUGGCAGUGUUGCAAAUGUGGAUUCAUUAUGAGAUAUGGUUUUUUCCACUUUCUGUUGCACAGCGUAUAUGUACAUGUUUUCUUUGGAACUGGUAGAGAAAAGUAAAUGUCAUAGGAUACACUGGGAAUACUGGUGUUCAAGUGUACUCUUCUCUCCCUGUAAAACUUGUUACCAUGUUACUCAAGAUGAGAACAAGUUGUUAAAAGUUCUCCAAAUCGUGUGUGCUUUUAUUUUGUUUUCAGUGUAAAAACAAGUUGGUUUUUUUGUGGGUUGUGGGUUUUUUGAGUGUUUUCUUAUGGAUAUUAUACAGAAUAGAAAAUGAAGCAGAUGUUUCAACAGAUGUCGCAGGGGGCUUCUGGAGGGAAUGGAUGCUUCAUGCACCAGAAGAAAGAAAGCUACUGAAAGGGGGAAAUCUAGAAUUGUGUGGCCUGAGGUCCACUGAGCUCAGUCACUCGUAGAUUUUUGAGGUUGCAGCUGUUAAGAGCAAAAGGUUUUCAUUUAUUUUUCUAGUGUCAGGACACAGAUUGAGAAACGUGCAUCACAAACAGAAUUUCUUCUCAUUUAGCAGCUAUGAAAUGAUCUGUAAGAAUUUCAGGGGCAUGUUGCAAGCUUCUGUGUAAAGUGCUCCAUCUUCAAGUGGAGUGUCAGAAGGAGCCUCUUCUGCCCUGGGAGGAAAAGCCUUGCUCAAGCCACUGCAGAGAUGUGCUUCUUGGAGAAGCUGCCAGGAGGAAAUGAGGCAGACUAAUCUGGAAAUGUUUUCUGGACUGGAGAAAACUGCUAAAGUGGAAGCAGGAUAAAGAAGAAAAAUUAAAAACAACUUUAUGUAAGGCAGAAUGGGAUAUGAACUUAAGACUCUUGCUGCACACUUAAGUGGUACCUGUUUCAGUGGUUAAUCAGCUCUACAUUGAGACAAAUUUAAUUUCACAGCAAGGAAGAAUUGCAGCAACCUCCACAUCCUGUCUAGCAGUACUUUGCUCAGGAAACAGCUUUCCUAUUACCCUCCUGUCUUUCUUUUUAAAAUCAAAAUGCCUUUCUUAGUUGUAAUAACCAUAACAAGAAAAAAACCCCAGAUCUUGGAGUUAAAAUUAGGUGAUGGGCAGCUCAGUUAUCUUUAUUCCAUAAUGUCUUUUACACUGAAUGUGGAUAUUGGCUCCAGCAGUCCUGAGUCAGCGCAAUUCUUUGUAAGGUGUUAGUGCUGUGGAUGUGAUCUACUACAUUCUGUAGAUGCAGUUUUGUGGGAAAACGUCAUUUUGUUAAUGAAUACAAACACGUAUUAAGAAGAAAAAGCAGGACCCCAUUUCAUUUGGGAAUAAAAGCUGGGGGCCUAGUAGCUUCCAAAUAUCUGCAUCUUCUGUCUGAAUGACACAAAGCAACAGGGGAGAAAAGAGGCAGGAAAACCUUUUAAAAUGUAAAACAAGUCUUUGUCUUUUUAAUUAUUCAAAGUUGAGUGUUGAAAGAAGUGGGAUGAUGGAGUAGGCAAAAAGCAGCUCAUGAUUUCUCAGAGUGGAACUUGCCCAAAUCUGCAGAGGCAGAAGACACUUUUUUCCAGUUCAUUAAAGGCAGCAAGCUGUCAGUCAGAUGUUUGAGCCAGCUCAGCUGAGAGAGGGCACAUGCUUUGGUUGUUUACACAGAAAUCCUAAGACUGGUGGAGGAACACUUUCACAGCCACUGUUGGCAGCAUUUAGCACAGUGGCACAUGGCUUUGAUUUCAGUCAUCCUUCCUGGUUAGGACCUACUUUGCCAUGACCUCAUAAAUUGGCUCAGAGGGAUAAAUAGUACCCUCGGCUUUUCAGUAUUUCAGAACUAAAAUUUGCAUCUUGUCUUCUACCUGAGAUAGAAUGUGUAUCUACUAUUUUAAACUGAGUUACUGCUCCUAAAAAUAAAUUAUAUAAUGGGAAUCUGUAGUAUUGAAAUAGAAUGGUUUCCUGUAAAUCCAUUCUUUUCCCUGUUGCAUGCUCCAGUAUGAAAUACUGCCAUCAUCCUGCUUUAGGGGAAAAGAAAUGCCAGGGCAAGAGGAGGAAAGAGAUUAAAAUUUUAAGAGGAUUUAAGAAUUCCUGACAAAAUAGUUUUUGCCUCAUGCUUUUCAAAAACAUAAGAAGCACAAAAUGAAGGGGAGGAAAAAAAAAAAAGAAAAAAACAGAGGAAAAAAAAGCCCAGAAACAUACAGC